GUUGACAUAACUUGACACAAGGUAGCAAAGAUUGUGUCCAUUUCAGUAACAAAACAUCUUAUUUGUGUACAUUUUAAUAGUAUUUGAUGUAAUCAUAAUAGUUACUUCAUUCUUUGUGUCAAAAGGCGUUACACAUGAAUGAACACACGAAUAAAAGGUAUAGAAGAUGAUCGGUUCAAAUUAUUAAGUCUUUUUAAUCAAUGGGUCUUUUUCGCACGUCAAGGAACUACUUCGUGGAUAAAUACUAAAUGUCAUUUAUUAGAAGGGAUUUAAAACUGUCAGUUGAUGAAAGUGAAGAUUUAAAUGCAGAUAAUAAGGGACUUACACAUUUGUUAUAUUCGUCUUCUUUUGUGUGAAAUUAUCAAAAAUGUUGUCAAGAAAAAUUAAUUAGAAAUAUUUUGGAAUAUUGUUUAUAUUUAAUAAGAAUAUAAAUAGCCGAGGUUUGAAGUGUGUUACUGGUAUGGACAGUCUUAAAAAAUGAAAUGUGAUAUAGAAAUCAGUGUCACUGCGGAGGAGGAAGAAUAUGAUACUAUACAAAUCCCUCAAUGUUUACGUCAACCUACUGUGGAACCUAUAUCCAAUGUUGUCAAACACAACGAUUUAGUCUGUCUCCCAGACAGAUAUGCAAACAAACUUAGAAAAUCGAGCGAGAAUAGCGAGAUCACAAAUGGACAUUUUGGAAACGAUUUGGUUUCGAGGGAGAAAGAUUUAAGUACCGCUUUGAAAUGGAUUAAACAGGAAAUUCUUCAGAUGAAGGAACAAGACCGGUCCCUCAUGAAACAAUUUAUAGACCUUCGCUCAACAAUUGUGCAAUUAAGAUGUAUGUACGAAUUUCAAAGUUCUAACUCUGACAUUAGUAGUUUAAGUGGUAGUAACUAUUCACUGGACGAGUCCUACAGACAUUCACCGCCACUAAGACACGGACUUAAUGGACACUUAGAGGUAGAAGGAACUGAAUUCCGUGCUCGGACUUCAUCAUUACUUACACCAAGACGGUCAAAUAUUACUCAUAUCAAAUGGAGAAGUAAUGAAUAUAUCUGAUGCUGUCUUUUAUCAAUUA